GCUGGCCACAUUCAUUUUACAGAAGAACCUGGAAGCUUGAACGUGGUCAUUUCAUCUCAGAAGCCUACAGUCAAAUUGUUUGGUUCGCAAACCCACCUUCAACCAUGGGAAAAGAGAAGACUCAUGUUAAUGUGGUGAUUAUCGGUCACGUUGACAGCGGCAAGUCGACCACCACCGGCCACCUCCUCUACAAGUGUGGUGGCAUCGACCAGAGGAGACUGGAGAAGUUUGAGAAAGCUGCAGCACAGAUGGGGAAGAGUUCCUUCAAAUUUGCCUGGGUGCUGGACAAGCUGAAAGCUGAGCGGGAGCGAGGGAUCACCAUUGACAUAUCUCUGCUGAAAUUCAACACUCAAAAAUACACCAUGACAAUAAUUGAUGCUCCUGGCCACCGUGACUUCAUCAAAAAUAUGAUAACAGGGACUUCACAGGCUGAUGUCGCCCUCCUGGUGGUCUCUGCAGCUAAAGGAGAAUAUGAGGCCGGUGUGUCUAGAAGUGGUCAGACCAGAGAGCACGCCCUGCUGGCCUACACUCUGGGUGUCAAGCAGAUCAUCGUCUGCGUGAACAAGAUGGACCUGACUGAACCGCCUUACAGCCAGAAACGCUUUGACGAAGUGGUGCGAGGUGUGAGCGGCUUCCUCAAGAAGAUUGGCUACGACCCCACGACUGUGCCUUUUGUUCCCAUCUCUGGCUGGACUGGGGAGAACAUGAUCACUGCAACUCAGAAGAUGCCCUGGUUCCAAGGCUGGAAAUCCAGACGAAAGGAGGGGAGUGCAAGUGGGAAAACUCUUCUAGAGGUCCUGGACUCCAUUCAACCACCAGUGCGCACCAUCAACAAGCCCCUUAGAUUACCUCUGCAAGAUGUCUACAAAAUUGGGGGAGUUGGGACUGUGCCAGUAGGUAAGAUUGAAACUGGCGUCCUCAAACCUGGCAUGACCCUCCUGUUCUCCCCCGCCAAGAUCACUGCUGAGGUGAAGUCCAUUGAGAUGCACCACCAGGGGCUGCAGGCCGCUUUGCCAGGACACAAUGUUGGCUUCAACAUUAAGAACGUGGCUGUCAAGAACCUGCGGCGUGGGGAUGUGGCUGGCAACGCUCAGCAGGAUCCUCCAUCAGAUGUCAGCAGCUUUGAAGCUCAGGUGAUCAUCUUGAACCAUCCUGGGAAGAUAAAAACAGGCUACUCUCCUGUCCUGGACUGCCACACCACCCAUGUGACCUGUCGCUUUGCCGAGCUGAAGGAGAAGCUUGACCGGCGCACGGGAAACAAAGUGGAGGACCACCCGCAGAUACUGAUGUCUGGAGAUGCUGCUACAGUCAAACUGGUUCCCAUCAAGCCCAUGUGUGUGGAGAGCUUCUUCACAUACCCUCCCUUAGGUCGCUUUGCAGCAAGAGACCUGAAGCAGACAGUCGCUGUGGGCGUCAUCAAGUCAGUGGAGAAGGACAAAGGGUCAAAACCUCUUCACAAAGCCCAAGUGUGUAAAUAAUUUGUUUUUGGUUACCAGUACAUUCUGGUAUGGAUGCUUUGGUGAACAGUUUUAUUUGGUAAAACGCAAUUUGUGUUGUGACACAAAGUAUUUAUGUUGUCUUAAAAGUGAUGUAUUCCUGUGUUAAUGUUAAAUCCAAAAGAAGUUGUAGAGUUGGAUGGUAUACUUUGGUUUAUGUGAAUUGUUGACACAACAAAAUAAAGAAUUAU